CUCUGCAUCACUGCCCACGACCACUCUCUUUUCAAUUAAUUGAUCAUCACCCUCUCUUGAUACCGAGUAUUCUUAAUCAGUCAUCGAAUUGUUCCCUCCCAAAACAGCCCGCCGGCUUGUACUCGAUAUACGAUAGUUCUGGACACGCGUGAGCAGAGAACGGGCAUCUCACGCGUGUGCAGAGCAGAACAGACAGCAUUGAUUCCACCAUGGACUCGAUGUCGCUUGACAAGAAGGUCCUCCCUUCGACCGAGAGGCCUGAACCCGUCAGAAGGCCCUCGUUGCUACCGGCUUUCGAGCCAUUGUCGUCGUCCCCCGGCGGCCUCCCUCGGGCAUUGAAACGCAAAUUCCAAGAAGACGACGACGACACGCGCAAGUUCUACCCUACUCCUGUGCCGACCUCUGCCACUGGUAUCCUCUCGUCAUCGCCGAACCGACGCGUCCCAGGACUGCAACGUACCGCGUCGUAUUCAUCGCUUUCCGAACGAGCUCCCUUGGGUGCGGUACCCAGUGUCAAACUGCCUUCCAAUGGCGACCCUCUACUCAUGGGCCGCUCGAGUAACUCUUCAGACUACCAGCUGUCGGCUAACCGUCUUAUUUCACGCGUUCACGUCAAGGCUUCGUACAAUGCACCCGAGGGACCGCGUCUUCUUGGCGAGAUGGUUGUCCAGUGUCUAGGAUGGAAUGGGGCAAAGAUUCACUACCAAGGAUCUGUGGUCGAGUUGGCCAAAGGAGAGAGCUUUGUGUCACAGAAGCCGGGCUCGCAGGUCAUGAUUGACGUGCAAGAAACGCGUGUCUUGCUCACAUGGCCGCAGGAAGAGAAGCAGUGUCCUUGGGAUAUCGAGUCAUCCGUCAGCAGAGAGAACAGUGCCGCACCUGAGAGAAUCGCCUCGAGUCCUCCACCUGUCCUCCCUCGACUGCGCUCGCCCGAGUCUCCCUCACCCAACCAACAUGACAAUGCCAAUGACAGCGUCAACGAUACCUUUUCCGAAACUUUCAUCGCCGACCCCUUCGACCUUCCUAGCAGCCCAGCGCCUGUCCAUGUUUACGAGGACAACGAACCCGCCGAGGACGAUGACUUGCCUGCCUCAUCAACGCCAGUUCCAGCAGCUAGAGAGUCUCCGGAAGUCGUGGACCGUUCGACACCCACACCUACCAAAGCCUCUGUUCAUCAGUCCAUGUCUACCACAACGUCCGAUGCACCUGAUGAGCUGCUCGACAAUGACGAGGAGAACGACCCCAUCGUCCACUCCUUCGGUCCAUACGGUGACAACCUCCUCACACGCUUUGAGUCUUUCAAGUCGACCUGCAAAGAGGAGGACCGCCCACGCAUUCCCCUCAAGAUCAGCCUCAAGUCUGCAAACCAACUUCCGGUCGAGGUUCAGUCCACACGUAACCUGUCACCAGUCAAGAACCACAUCAUCAACCAACUGGCUUACACCCGCAUUCACUCCCUGCCCAUCUCAGCCAUCUACAACAAUCUGCCGGCAGAGAUGAAGGGUGGUCGCAGCUUCGGCGAAAAGGCACUUUCAUCCGAAGAGCUCAAAGAUCUCAUGGAUAGAAUCCCGUGUGUCGGCGAAAUCGCUCGCUCGGGCAAGGAUGCAGCUGGCAAGGCUCUGGAAGAUGAGUUCUACUACGUCCCCGAAAUGGACACUGACGAGCAUCGCCGUGCUGCUGUCAACAUCGCCAAACCUCCGCUUAGGUCCACUCGCAAACAACACAAGCAAUACUACUGGAAGAAGCCUCGCGUCUGAGUCUCUUGACCCAGCUUGUGUUAAUAAUCCGUCUCUUCUGCUUGGAGAGUUGUCACCGCAUAACACUCCUGCUUUGUUUCACCUUGCUUUUCACCCGAUACCAACCCCACUACACAGGGCCACUGUUUUUGCUAAAAGGCACACUGUGAUGUGUCUUGCUUGCUUGCUUUUCAACCCUUUUCUACUGUUCACGAGGCGAAGAAGAAUGGAUAUGGAACAUUCUUAACGACGAAAAGAAGGAAAUGGAAUAUGGGAGCUUACUGGUUGUGUCUUAUUUUCUGUGUUGUCGCGAUAUACUUUUCCUUCUUUUUUCUGUUUCUGGCGAAGUAACUGUAGUGUAGAACUAGCGGAUCUUCAACGUUUCUCAGGAAAUACAAGUCUUCUUUUAUCACGU